AAACGACAUGCCACCAAAAAAAUAAGUUCCUAGGAGUAAUAUAAUAAACCAGCUCACUUCCUCUGGCAAUUGCCGAAGUGGCGGAAGUACGUCAGUUUGUAAGACUCCGAGCGUUUACACUUCGCAGUGCGAUAUCUGACGAGCAAGAACAGAGGGAACAGGAGAUGUGAAUCAUCCGCUGUCUCUUUAAAGCCACCGAGCGAAGCUUCGCGUAUUCCGACAAACACACCGACGUUUCCCUUCAGCCGCGGCGCGCGGACAGCGUUCAGGAAUGGAGGCGUUCAACUUACUCUCCGCUGGAUAAAGAACUCUUUUCCUGGUUGGAUAUGGUUUGUUUUUGUCGGAUUGUGUGCUGAAGAAGGAUUUCUGGGGGAUAUUACAGUGUUCUCAGCUGGACGCGGACCGUGUCGUCUCGGAUGGUUCCGUGGCGUCUCUUCACAUUGAAACUUGCCGAUGCAUGAGUUCCUUUUCGUGGAUUCUUUGACAAACACGCGGAUGCUUAUUUUGUUAUUUCUGGCACAGCGGGUCAUGGAUCGGGUGGAAAUUAAAGCAGGGCCAGCAACGUGAAUCCAGCGUGCGGUCUGCAGCACACACACACACACACACUGAUGUUGUUGUAUUCUGUUGCAACAAAGUUGCCGUGCGCUUGGAAUCCACGCGACCGUAAUUAAACACCCAUUUCGCACCUGUUUAAAUAAAGCAAGGCGUUUCGGUCCUGUGACGCCGUGCUUUGGAUUACACACACACACACACACACACACACACACACACACACGGCUCAACCUGCAUGAUCACAUUUGUUUGUUUACCACGUUACGGAUCUUAACAUCCAAGGUCAUACUGUAAAUUGUUUACAGGCUCCAGUAUCUAUGGUUGCGUUUUAUUGAUCGUGUGGAAUCGAUUGGUUUAGACGUGAUCGAGUGUCAUUUAAAAAAAAAAAAAAAAUCCUGGGGGGCGGAGGGAGGACAUCGCACCGAUUUUAAAAUGGAAGGGAAAGUGAAGCAGAGUCGCAGAUCCCGUUCGCAGCGCGAGAGGGGACGGAAACGGGAGGCGCGCGCCGGGGAAGCCCAAAAUCGGAGCCCCUCGUCUGGUUCCGAACGGGAGCGAAGUCCCGGUAAAAACGCUCCGCCGCGCUCGACCUCCUCGAGCAAAACCCCGAGACCCCCCCGGAGGAAGAGACGCGAGUCUGGUUCUCAAGAGGAGGAUAUUAUUGAUGGAUUUGCUAUAGCCAGUUUCAUCAGUUUGGACCGUCUCGAGAACAAGAAUAUUUCGGUUAAAAUGGAAAAGAAGAAAUGGGAGGAGGUCGUAGUCAAACAGCAGGAGGAGGACGAGGAGAACGUGACCCCUGACAUAGACGAGAACGGUUUCGGCGGCAUGGGGCGAGAUCAGGAGCGGGUGAAAGAUCGUCUGCUGAAGAACACCUACUCCAAGAAGAGCAAACGAUCCUUGAGUCUUCUGAGCCAGGCUGGGAAGAAAACGGAGGAGACUGAGGUGAACACAGCCCCCAGGAGCAGCUCCAAAGAUCGGCUCAGUGAGAGCUCCACUCACUCUCUGUCAGGACGAGGGUACUCGUGUGACAGCGAGAGUGACAUCGAUGACAAGGCAUCUGAUGUAGGAUCAGAGAAGCUUUUCUCGCCUACUGCACCUAAAGUUACGCCAACGAAUGAGAAUCUCGGGUCCAAAACUUCCAGCUCGACCAAAGUGUCUGGCCUUCAGCGUAGCCAGGAACAGAGUAACGACGUUUCGUUUGUCCCGCCGAUCUCAAGUCCGACUCCAGCGUCGCCCCCUACGGGGUCCCCUGCCCCUGCUGCGGCGGCAGCCCCGGCGUCUAGACUGCACCCGCUCUCCUCGAACCCUCUCGCUAUCAAGAAGGAUUCUGUGUCGCCUAACCCCACCCCUUCGCUCCUGAGGAACCAAUCACAUUCAUUGGAGCACAGAAUCCCGCCCCCAUCUCACCGCAGCCAGCCAAUCAUCAGUCACCAUCAUCAUCCUUCACCGUACAGCAGUCUUUACGACAUCAGCAACAGCCCUUCCACGCUUCCUCCAAAACACCACCUGCCUCACUCCUCUCAUCACAUCAGCGGUCUCCCAUCUCCUGCUCCUCCUCUUCCUCUCUCCAUCACCGGUCUGCCGUCCUCCCACUACUCCCUUCACUCGCCCUCUCACCUCUCCAGCCAUCCGGCCAUGUUCGCCAACCCUGCUACACUGCCUCCUCCGCCCACCUUACCGACCAACAGCCUGGUGGUGCCAGGACACCCUGCCGGACCACCCUAUCCAGAUAUUUCAAGAGUGAGGCGAAAUGGGGCACACAUCAGAGAGCAUGAUCUUCUGCGGCAGGAGCUGAACAACCGCUUCCUGGUUCAGAGCUCGGAGCGAGGUCGGGGGCCGGCGCCGGGGGCCACAGGGUCGCCGUUGGGCCCUGUGUCGCUCCUCCGGGCCGAGUUUCACCAACAUCAGCAUAUGCACCAGCACCAACACACGCAUCAGCACACCUUCACGCCCUUCCCUGCCAGUCUGCCCCCGGCAGCCAUCAUUGGGCCGCCCACUGCACCUCCCAUGGUGCGUACCCCAGCCAGAAAUUUCGACAAGUACGCCCCAAAGCUGGACAAUCCUUUCUUGAGACAUUCAAAUUUCUUUCCCUCCUAUCCACCAACAAUGCCAGGCAUGCCUCCAUUGCUUCCACAUUCAGGGCCCUUCAGUUCACUGCAAGGAGCCUUCCAGCCUCAAAAGGCUCCAAACACUAUUGAUGUUGCAGCACGACCAGGAACGGUCUCGCACACUCUCCUUCAGAAGGACCCAAGGAUAACAGAUCCUUUUAGGACCUCAGUAAGAAAGCCAGGCAAAUGGUGUGCAGUGCAUGUUCAAAUCGCCUGGCAGAUCUACCAUCAUCAGCAGAAGAUGAAACAGAUGCACUUGGACCCACAUAAACUGGAUAUGAAUGGAAAACUUGAUCUGUUCAGCCGUCCUCCAGCUCCAGGUGUGUUCCCUGGGUUCCCCUACCCUCAUGAUCUGGCCAGACCCCUCUUUUCAUCAACAGGAUCGGGACAUCCAGCUGCUUCACCCUAUGGACCGUCUCCUCACCACGCUGGCUUCCUGCCUCCUAGCCAUUUGGCAGGUAAGUAUCCAUUCAGUCGCUCCAGUACCUUUGGCGGCCUCAGCAACCUUUCAAGCAGUGCCUUCGGUGGAUUAGGCAACCCAGCCCUCGGGGCCAACAGUAUAUUUGGACCCAAAGAGGGUCCAGGGCUGCCUGGUCUCAGUAGUCCUCAUCAUGACACCUGGAAUCGGCUGCACCGAACACCACCCUCUUUCCCGACCCCUCCACAGUGGCCCAAAUCCGCAGAUGCAGAAAGAAGCAGCUCUGCAAACAGCCAUGACAGAGAGAGAGAGCGGGAGCGGGAGAAAGAAAAGGAACGGGAAAGAGAAAAAAGGGACUCUUCUAUUGGGAAGGAAGAGAAGGAUAAAGACAGAGAUUCUUUAGAUCGUAAUCGUCAUUCGAACCGCUCUUCUCCAGCUUCCGCUCCCGUUAGCUACCAGAUCAGCAGCCUGAUCCGCUCCAACAGCCAGAACUCGACCGACUCUGGCAGACACCGCAGCAGUAGUGCCGACCGCAACCGUGAGCCUGAGAAAGAGUUGCUGGACCGCCAGCGAGAGGCAGGCAUUUUGGGAGACACAAAGGUGAAGGAAAGUCAUUCUCCAGGAAAGGAAAUCACAGAUAGACGUUCCUCCGAUGACUCUCUUAAAUCCGUUCACCGAUCACCCUCUCCAUACUCGAAAAAUGUCCUUAACGAUGCAGGAAUCAAGAUGGGUAUCCCACAACCACUACCGAUGAAAGAAAGUGAAAGGGAUAGGAAGGAGACCAGCUCAGGUGAUCUGCUACAGAAGGUGAAGAAUGACAUGAAGAUCAAGGAGGAACGCAAGGAAGAGCCAGACGUGGUGGUGAUUGGAUCCGAAGCUGCCACCAAACCUCAAGUCGCUCCUCCGCCUCACCAAACCACACCAAUUGCUCACCACCAUGCGCUAUCCCAUCAGCCUCCUCCGCCAUCUCCUCGCUGUAGUGACCCUCCAACACCGUCCUCACUUCACGGAGUCCCCAUGCCACAUUCGUUGCCGCUCACUCUGAGUGCCAUGCAUCAAAUGGGAAGUCUGAAUGCACUUGAACGCACCCGCAUGGCACCUUUUAUGGGAGUCAGCCCUCUCGCAGCAGGUCGAGACCGCCUUCCCCAUCCGGCGUUUUGCUGGGAUCCCCUACGAGAGGCUUACCGAAACCUUGACCUUCAACGGCGCAUGGACUUCCAAUUGCGAUCUGAGCCCGGACACCGCUUCCCUGGUGUCUACGAUCCAGAACGGCCCUAUCGGGAACGGGAGCCACAUGACUACUCUCACCACGAACACCUCCUGGAAGUUCGGCGGGAACAGGAGAGACUUAGGCAACAGGCUGAGGAAAGGGAACGGUUGCAUUUAAGGGAGGAACUGGAUCGUGCAAGGCUCCACCAGCUUCACCAAUCACCAAUCGAAGGACACUUACCCCACAUGCCACCAUUUAUGUCACACCUUGGUGGGAUGCCGUACCCAAGGCUUAGCCCUUCAACAGGACAUAACGGACUUUUUAACAGGACACCCCCAACUGCAGCACUAAGUGCCCCUCCUCCUCUGGUACCCUCUGGUGCUGCCAGAGCAGCGUCGCCAAGACGGACAACGCCAAUCACCACCCAGGACCCUCGCGAUUACUCACCGUCACGCAACCCCAAAGAAGUGGAGGCACGGUAACAUACAGAAAGGAAAAUGCCUCAUUUGAGUUGGACACUGGCAACAUGCACUUAUUUUCACACAAAGCAGAGUAAAUGAUAAAUAGAUAGGUGUAAUUUGUACAAAUGUUUGUACAUUGGAACAAGCACAUCAACCGUUUUUUUUAAUUGAUUGGAGUUGGGGAAAAGAGUUGGUAGCUCCAACUUGUGGUAGCGUAAGACGUAAACGUGAACUCUCAACCAGAAAUUUGAUAUUAAUAUAUGAAUCCGAUGCCUUUUCAGUUUUUCAUGUGAAAAGACAUUCUGAAAUUUGUUUGUACAUUUCCUAUCCCUCAUGUAUAGACUUUUUUAUGUAUUUGCAUUAAGUUUCAUCCGUUCCCUGCCCUGUAUUUAUCCUAGUGAGCUGCUGGAUAUGGAUGUCUACAUAUUUGGUAAGAUCUCAUCUGAUUUGCUCUAUGGUACCUGGAAAUAUUCAGCAGUGGCCAUGUACAAGGUUUCAUUUUGGAGGGGUUUUUGUUUGUUUGCUUGAUUUUCUUUUUGAGAUAUGCAGACAAAUAUGUAUUACGAUGUUCUUGUUUGGUUUAUGUAAAGUUUAAAGAUAUUGUAAAUAUCUUGUUGAUAUUACUUGGAACGAAAUGGCAUCGUACAUUUGUUAGGCUUUUUAAAUGUUUCUAAAAAACAAUGAAAUGAAACGGAACCACUUCCAGGUUGAAAACCGUGGCGACGGAAUUGUCCAAUCAGAGAAGAGGACUCGAAUGGGGGUGCUGUCAUGGCGGUGCAAUCUAUGCAAAGAUGAUUCAGAGCGUUCUGAUUGGACGUUUAUCAAAUGGAGUUCUAAAGUGGGAUCCUGGAUAACUGUUAUUCAUUUGUCUAAUGAAGAGCCAAUGAAACAAACAGCUAUAAACUUCCGGGUCAUAAAGGAACUGAUUUAGCAGUGAACACUUCUCCAGCCACAAAACCUGGACAUCUGAGAAACAUAUUGGAAUGAUUGGGGUGGCAAUAGACUCUUUCUGUCGACCUUGUGGUGUUGUGCAGUUGUUUUUCUUAGACUCUUGUAUACAAAACAAGUAGAGCUUUAGGCGUGAAAAAAAAUGAAAAUGAACAUUCAUGGUUUAAAAAUGUAUGGAAUAAAGGUUGGACCUUAUAUCUGCA